CCAUGGUUAGGUUUUAACCCAAAGGUGGUUUAAGUAUAUCCCACUACUCAGCAUCAGUUUAUAAAGAAGUAAAGCUUUGCCGGAGAUUUAGCAAACACAAACACAAAAAACAAAACCAACUCAGACGAAUGUGAUUUUUUCUUCUUGAGUGAAUUGUUGUAAAAAAAUGAUGAUCGGAGAAUCUCAUCGUGGUUUUAAUCCAACGGUUCAUAUUCCUCCAUGGCCACUUUCUGAAGAUCUAACGGUGUCUGAUAUUUACGGAAGUCCAGACGGAGGAAGUAGUAUGAUGGAAGCUUUGGCUGAGUUACAACGUUAUCUUCCGUCAAACGAACCGGAUCCGGAUUCAGAUCCGGAUCUCUCGGGUCCGGAUUCACCAAUCGAUGCUUAUACAUGCGAUCAUUUUCGGAUGUAUGAGUUUAAAGUGAGACGUUGUGCUCGUGGCCGGAGCCAUGAUUGGACGGAGUGUCCUUACGCUCAUCCCGGAGAAAAAGCUCGCCGUCGUGAUCCGAGGAAGUUUCAUUACUCCGGUACGGCGUGUCCUGAGUUUCGUAAAGGUUGUUGCAAGAGAGGAGACGCAUGUGAGUUUUCUCAUGGUGUUUUUGAGUGUUGGCUUCACCCGGCGCGUUACCGGACUCAGCCGUGUAAAGACGGUGGUAACUGUCGCCGUCGUGUUUGUUUCUUUGCUCAUUCGCCGGAUCAGAUUAGGGUUUUGCCUAAUCAAAGCCCUGAUCGUGUUGAUUCGUUCGACGUUUUGUCUCCUACGAUUCGUAGAGCGUUUCAGUUUUCGAUUUCUCCGUCGUCUAACUCGCCGCCGGUGAGUCCACGAGGUGACUCGGACUCGUCGUGUUCGUUACUGAGUCGUUCACUCGGGUCUAAUCUGGGAAACGACGUCGUUGCGUCUCUCAGGAAUCUGCAACUUAAUAAAGUGAAGUCUUCUCUUUCGUCGUCAUACAACAAUCAAAUCGGAGGAUACGGAUCCGGAUUCGGGUCGCCUCGUGGAUCGGUUUUGGGUCCUGGUUUCCGUAGCUUACCAACUACACCGACCCGACCUGGUUUUAUGAACAUUUGGGAGAAUGGCUUGGAGGAAGAACCGGCGAUGGAACGGGUCGAGUCGGGUCGUGAACUGCGAGCGCAGCUGUUCGAGAAGCUGAGCAAAGAGAAUUGCAUGGGUCGGAUUGAACCGGAUCCGGAUCAGGGAGCGGGUGAUACUCCUGAUGUCGGGUGGGUCUCUGACUUGGUUAUGUGAUUUGAACCGGAUUCGUAAACCGGAGUGUCUGAAAUUUCGUUGAUAAAGAUUAAUUAAAGGAUUAUUAUCGGCAUGGGAGGUUUUUUAAUGGAUCUCUUCUUAGGAAAAGAGGAGAUUUCUCUGCAAGUUUUUUUUUUGUAUAUUUAUUAUUUCCUAAUUUCGUAUAAUCUCUGUUCCAUAAUCGAUGAUUCGAGGGAGAUUCCUCAGUGUAUAGGAGUUGCUUAGGAUUUUUCAUUAUGAUGGAUUCACUAAUAUUGAUAUUGUUGGUUAUUGUUUUUUUUAUAUAUUAUGAUGUAAGAUGCAAGUCGCAAUGUAAUUAUUAAAUAUCUUAUGAAUGAAAUGAGAAUGUAAAUUAUUUAUUUUGUUAUGAGCAUUUCUGUAAUGUGCUUAGCUUUAAGGAAUGAUUUGUUUUGGUCUGUAUAUUGAGGCAUGCGUAAAGUGCUGGUGAUGUGAUCAACGUCCGUAAACAUCAUUAUCGGAG